CACCGGGUCACGGGCUUCCGUGACCUUGGUGUACGGAGACGCGAUCUCACCGACAAGGAAUCGGAAGUGGAGGAAGAGGAAACCUGCGCCAGGAGCGGCACGGGGGGAAUCUAAGCUGAUGGCUCAACCGCCAGUGGCGGUCCCUUCUGCGACGCCGCCCAUAGUCCAACCUGAGACGACGCGACCAGCCCCAAGGGAACCGUCGGCCACCGAACUGGACGAGCUCAACACUGCGGUGUGUGAGACGCCCAACGACCCUCCAUCACCGACCGUCACAUGGCCCAGGAAGAACUGGCCAGUAUCUCCGGUACAGCCAGUCGCCUCGCCAUCGGCCCGAUCGACCACCGUUGGAGAAAAAAGGAAGGCAACAUCACCGACCGACCGGCCAGCCAAGGCCGAGAGACCAGCCCCGGUAGUCGCUCCCCCUGAAGAGUCCGAAUGGACCGUCACUGUGAACGGACUGAAUAAACAACUUCACCAGUGCAUGCAGGGGGACACGACUGACCCGACGCAGCUACGAGGCAGCCACCUCAACACAGACUGGAGAUCCCUGGAGGAUGGCAGCAAAUACGAACUCCACGACAAGAUGUUUGGAACUCAUGACACCGUAGUCGUGACGCACCAGAGGGACAAGACCUACCGCCAAGUCAUACUUCCGGCCAAGUUGGACAACAAGAACAUCCACAAGAUGAUCCGGGUGGUCUGCGGUCCCGACUACGGUGCUGUAGUGCGUACUUUGCUACGACGCCAACAUCUCCUGCCUCUACUCCGGGAAUCUUCAGGCUCGCCAAAGUAGACGCCAACCUCCUUUUUCUUUUUUUGGGCUUAGUUGGACUUUAAAAUUUUCGGCCGCGGCUUAUUUUUUUUAUAAAUAGUCCAACGCACUUUACUUUGGUGCCCGAUCAAUUGCUCAAAUCACCUUAAAACCGUUUAGGCCGAGCAGUCAAAAACGUUUGGUUUUAAAUUCUUAGUCGGGACAUGUGUAGACGUGUAGAAUGUCGUUAGGAUUUUAGGACUUAGGUCUUUGACCGACCACUAAAUUUUUUAUUCCAAAUUCCGCCCACCUCAAACGUACCCCUCCCCUCUCCUGGCCCGGACUUAGUCACUGGCGAAAGUCAGAGAUUAAGCCCGUGACAGGCG